AUGAGUCAUACCUUUUUAUCUUUGGAUGAGUUAGAACGAUGGCUGGCCUAUGUUCCUGUGUAUGAACUGCCAGGUAUGACUAACUGUGUAAAGGGAGAAGAACUUGUAUUCGCGGCAACUUAUACAUUCCAUCCUAUUCGGGUGAUUCGCAUCUCAAAUGAAGAACUGCAUACAUUAUCGAAUGAGGAGAUUGAACCUGCAGUUGGAUCGUAUGAUUUUCGGGAUAUACCAGAUAUGGUCGAUCGUUUCAUCAUAUGGCGAUCGAAUCGAUCAUCGUUACUGUUAGAAGAACGAAGCGUUGAACGGUGUUUUGAUUUUUCUUCGUUAUGCCUUAACUUUAGUCCAGCUAAUGUUAUACCUGGAACGCAAUUCUGUUUCGCACAUGACAACCUGAUAUUGCUAGUACCGACGCAGAAUGCCCUUCAUCGAUUUACUUUCGAGAUUGGGGUUGCGAAAAAGAACGAGAUUCAAGGCGUCCUGAAGCUAUCUGCAGAUCAAACCUUUCUGUACAAUCAUGAUAGCUACGAACUAACGUCAUCAAGAAGUGCCUGUCGUGCAAGUGUCGUACAUACGACAACUAGUGGUACAUCUGCCUUAUAUUCUUUGGGUAAUGGACAAAUUGUUCUUGUACAGAUGCGCCAUGUACCAGGAAGUAAAGGCCAAGGUUAUGAAAAAGUAAUAAGAGGCGAUGGAUUACUGCAACGAGUUAUGAUGGCAACCCAUCAGCUGAGCUUAGUUGUUAGCUUGGCAUCAUGUGUGGUUCAUCGUGACAUUCUCUUUUAUGUACUUUUCGACGAUAAAAGGCUACAUGUUUAUAUGAAUGGUAGAAAAGAAUACGAUAGGAAUUUAUAUGAUAUAAUGAUACAUAAUAGCGAUGGAGGCGAUGGAGAUCAAGUCACUGUAGAAAUGAUAAAGACUUGCUAUAACGCAGAUUCAUUUUAUGUGAUCGUGCUUUUUCAAGUUGUUGACCAUUGCAUGUUCAUGUUGGGGAAAAUUGAUCCAUAUCUGUUACCAGAGCAUGCUGGAUAUUUCUCGUUUAUUAAUACUUUCCAAACAGAAAGCGGAGUAGUGGAUUUCACUUGUGCAGUGCAAGAAGAUAUUCUGGAUAUUAUUUGUUUAUGUAAAGUUUCGGAUGGAAUUCGCUAUUGUUUACGCACUGCUUCAGUUGAUUGUUUGAAUGGUACAUUAACAAUUCCUUGGAAAGGAGUAAAUGAAGUCCACGAUGGUGAUGUGGAGGUGAGCGUGUUGCAAGCUAAACCAAAGCAGUCAGUUGAUGCACAGAAAUCAUAUAUCUUUGAUCCCAACAGAUAUUCCUUUGGCGUUGUUUUGCGUUCUCUUCAGUUAGUUUGCAAGAAAGGAACCUUCAAUUGGGAACUUUUGGGAAGACGAUACGAUUGGCGGAUGUUAAAGGAAGCAGCAGAGAAGUAUUGUAGCUCAGUAGAGUUCGAUCAGCAUUAUGUUACUCGAGAGGAUCGUUCACUUUUGGCUACAAUACCACCCGAUCAGGCAGGACAAGAUCGAUUCUGGACAACGCUCACAAGGAUAUGCAAUGAAUUAAUGCAAAAUGAAUGCCUUUCUUUAGGUCUGUGGCACUCUGUUUCUCUUGGCUUGUAUGGUACGAUACAACAGGGACGUUUCACAGUAUGUCGUCCUGGUGAUGAGCAGCUUCGCUGGUUCGAACGUUUGAUUGGUAACGAUGAAAAGAAUGUGAAACUGUGUUGGGAUAUCGUUACAAAAUUUGCUGCAGGGGGACUGGUUGCCAGUGCAGUAAGCAUAGAAGAAAGUGAACAAUUCGUGAAUACAUUUUCAACCGUUUCGCAUAUUUUCGAGGAUGCAAUCCGAAAAUUUACUGAGUUAAGACCUGUCGACGAGUUUGACGUAGACAUAGCAGCUGAAACACCAUUUCAUGGGUGGUUUACAAUUGGCCUUUUGGCGACUCACUUUACACGUUUAAUUGAUGACAGAUUAGCUCUUAGCCAAUGCUUUAUCGCUCUAAUGGAAUUAGUAAAAACUGUUUAUUCUUCUCAAGAUGAGACGAUACCACUGGAUGCUAGGUGGGGGCUUACAGUUAAUACUCACGAAAAAUCACUUCAUGAUAUGAAUCGACAAUUUAGCAUCUUAUCACAGACAAUGAAGCUACGAAUUUCUAUUGACAACUAUAACGAAAUAAGUCUAGCAGAUGGUUUCUUCUCAACUGCUGGUCUCCCAACCGUACUUAGUUAUGUACAGGAUAAGGAAUUAGUGGGUGAAGAAGACGAUACGGAAGAGGAUGACGAAGAGACACUGGAGGACAGAACUGACAAUUGUGCUGAAAAAUUUUCUCAUGUAUCACCUCUUAGGCAGUCAGCAUCAGCAUAUUCACAGUUUCUUAAUAGAAUUGUAAAUGACGCUGUGGUUGUUCUUUGGCCAGAAAAUACGGCUAUGGUAUUGGCCAGAUUUUUGGCUAACUAUCGUCAAUAUUCUGCGCUGCAGACAUAUUGUCAGUUGAAUGAACCUUAUAUAACAGAACUGUGCGCUGCUUUUCGUUUUUUCGAAGGCUAUGCACUUGCUGGUCUAGGACAUCCUGAAAAGGCUUUGCAGUCAUUCUUGGAUGCAAUAGAAGGUAUCAAUCGGCAAGAUGAAGCUCUUAAUAGAAUGCUUUCUCCUGAUGGUAAUGUUUCGGAUGAGCCAUAUAGCGAAUUGCAAUAUCUACUGAAGGUUAUGGCUGUCAUGGAGAUGCACGGUUUUCACGAGCAGCUAGUUUAUUUGUCAAGACGUGUCUUGAAAGAAGCACUGCAAACCAGGAACGUAAAUACUACAGUUUUGCCCGGAUUGUAUAUGUCUGUUUUUAAAUUCGAGCUUAUCACGGGACGAUAUGAAGACGCCCUCAAUACCCUUCUCUCUAAUCCAGUUCCGGAAAAUCGUCGGAUAUGUUUGAGAGAACUUUUAGCCAAAUUGAUAGAGCAGAGGAAAAAUGCAGUGCUUGUCGGUUUAAAUUAUGGAAAUAUGGAAGAGCAGGUGAUCAAUAUAUUGAAAGCAAAUGCUCGGACUUCAGAUAUCAGUAAAGAAGGCUACUUUUACGAACUGAUCUACUCAUUUCAUCUCAAGCGAGAUCUCUAUCAGCGAGCGGCACUGACAAUGUUCGAAUAUUCGUGUCGUUUACAGUCGGAAUUGCAGAAUCGAAACGUAUUAUCUCGUCGUUGUCGUGCUCUUAGCACUGUUGUCAGUUUGCUUUCGUUGCUACCAGAAACUGACCAAUUCCUCGCACUCCCGGCAUCAUUGGUAAAUGAUAAUCCAACGAAACAAGUAGAAAAAAUAGAUGAACAAGUGCAAAACAAGGUUGAGUGCAAAAUGGGUAAAAACGCUCUCAAAAUCUGGACGCUAAAUGAUAUUUCGAAGAGGGCACUAUUAUCAUCAGCUCGAUUGCUAUUAUUCGACGCGAAUUACAACCCGAGAGAGAAGAAGUCGAUCCCGCCGCCUGUCAAACUUGACGAAAUUUUCGAGCAACUUAUUGACAAGAAACUCUUUGAUCACGCUUGGGAAGUGAACAAGCUUUUCGAUUUGAAGCCAUAUUCACUCUUGAAAGCGGUUACUGUGGAGUGUAUUCAUCUGGAUGCAAAGCCACCGAAAGGUGAACCAUACUGGGUGGCCAAAAAUAGGAAAUUUGUGAAGAAAAUACCCAGAUUACGAGAACGACACUGGGCAAUUUUACUAGGGUAUGUGGAAGUAGCCUUGAAAAGGUGUCCGGAUGAUUUCAAAAUAUUAUGGACAGUAACCUAUGCGUUUCUUGAACGUCAGUGGCAUAUACCUCCAUGGUUAUCAAAUUGUUACGAGGAGCGGUGUGCAGCGCAGUAUGCCUACCUGCUGAUAAUGUUUGAUCAUCUCCAUCUAGCCUGUGAAACACUUAAGAAGAAGAUAAUUUUGGAAACGGGGAAAAUAACAUCUCGAAAGUCGCAAUCUUCAAUACCAACUACAGAAAUUGAUUGGCUGCUAUGGCUAAUUAGUAAAAAAGAUGAUGAGACUUUAAGAGAAGAUGCAAAACAGUUAAAGGACUGCGUAGAACGUUACUUUGAGCGCAUUGCAUCCUUUUCAAAGCGGUAA